AUGCAAAUUUUGAAAAUUCCAUGGCUUGGCCAUAGCACUGAGAAUAAACAAAUAAAGUGUUACUCAGUUGCAAUUAAUCCAAAAGGUACAAGACUAGCUACUGGGGGUUUAGACGGGUGCAUUAAAAUAUGGGAUACAAACACUAUAAACUCGUUCUUUAAAAUACUGGAGUCUCCUCAAAAUUUGAAGAAAACUAAUGGCACGUUAAACCAUGAAAGUACACCUGAGUUACCAGAUAAAUCAUUACAAAGGCCAAUGUGUUCUGUUUCAAGACAUAAUGGUGCGGUGACAUCUCUCAAAUUCUCACCUGAUGGUCGUUGGCUAGCGAGUGGAUCAGAUGAUAAAUUGGUUUUAAUUUGGGAGAAGGAUAAUACUCAAAGACCUAAUUCUUUUGGAGUUGAACAAGAAGAUUUGGAGCAUUGGACAAUUAGAAAAAGAUUAGUAGCUCAUGAUAAUGAUGUUCAAGAUAUAUGCUGGUCUCCUGAUGGUAAUUUAUUAGUAACCGUGGGACUUGAUAGAUCAAUUAUCAUUUGGAAUGCUUUAACAUUUGAAAAAAUUAAAAGAUAUGAUAUUCAUCAAUCAAUGGUAAAAGGGAUUGUUUUCGACCCUGCAAAUAAAUAUUUUGCAACAGCUUCAGAUGAUAGAACUGUUAGGAUAUUCAGAUAUCACAAAAAAUUGAAUGAAUACAAUAAUUAUGAAUUUCAAAUGGAACAUGUUGUAACUGAUCCUUUUAAAAAAUCACCAUUGACUUCAUAUUUUAGAAGAAUGAGUUGGUCUCCCGAUGGUCAGCAUAUAGCGGUACCUAAUGCAACUAAUGGACCUGUACCGUCAGUCGCAAUUGUAAAUAGAGGAAGUUGGGGAUCUGAUGUUUCAUUGAUAGGUCAUGAAGCUCCUGUUGAAGUAUGUUCUUUUUCUCCAACAUUAUUCCAAUGCCCUAAAGAAGAUAAUUUCCAAACUAUUUUGGCUACUGGUGGUCAAGAUCGAGCUUUAGCAAUAUGGUCGACUUCUAAAUCUAAACCUUUAGUUGUUUUAACAGAUAUAGUUGAGGGUGCAAUAACUGACAUAUGUUGGAUGCACGAUGGAAGAACUUUAUAUUUCAGCAGCUUGGAUGGAUCCAUAACUUGUAUUCAUUUUGAACAUGAAGAAUUGGGACAAGUUGUAAGUGAAGAAUUAAUUGAUCAACAAUUAAAUAGAUAUGGUGCUGAUAGGGAAUCUACAAUAUUACCAGAGAGUGUAGAGCAGUUACGUUUAGAAGAAAAUUCUAAGGAUGCUAGAGCUUUGGCAAUAAGAAAAAUGAUGUCAAUGGAAGUUAAGAAAUCUUCGACUUCAACACUUGAGACAAAUCCGAAAGAACCAGAACCUAUAGUAACAACAACACCUUCAUUGAAACCUACAAAAUCAAUAGACGCAGCCAGACUACGUAAACAAACCAUUACGAUUACAAAAUCAGGAAAGAAAAAAGUUGCUCCAUUAUUAGUAUCAUCAUCACAACCUUCGAUUAUUACACCGCCAUUACAAUCGACCACAAAAAGGAAAAAAUUACAACCUAUCUCUAAGCUAUCACAAACAUCAUACAAUCUACCGAAAAAUGGUCUUGCUACUGCUGUUUGUGGUAUUAAAAUAAGAGGAUCAACGAAUAACCUGGCAGUCGAUGAAAAUGUUAUUAAAGAUAAUGAUAAUGACGAUAUAGGAAAUACUACAAACGUAGAUGACGUUCAAUUAUCAGAGUCGGCAUUAAGAAGGCAAAGAAAUAGGGAAAAGAGAAAAUAUUUAGAAUCAAAAUAUCCAAGUUCCUUCAAAUUUAUAAGUAAUUUACCUGAAACUUUAUUUGCUAAUAAUGCCUUACAAAAUAUAGAAAUUAAGAAAAUUUAUAAAGCAUAUGCUAAUAAUAAAGAUAUAACUACGGAGUUAUCAACUGGUUCAUCAAUUGAUUUUGAUGAGGAUUUGAUGUUUUCUGUUGUCUUUGCCAAAACCAACUUCAAACAACCAGAAAUUCCCGAAUUAAAUCAAGAAUCAAAAGAACUUGUAUCAACUAUUGAAGUUAGAAAUGGUAAACCUUGGCACGAAGAUCCAAAACAAAAGGAUCGAGAUUUUGAUGAUCCAACUAAAGUCAUUGUCUAUACAAACGAAGAUUCGAAACGUAAAUUUACAUUAUUUUUCCCAUUUAGAAUCCAACAAAUUUUACCAAUAAUUGAUAAUUCAUUACUUAGAUAUUACGUAUUAUGUUCAUUCAAUGGAAGUUUACAAAUUGUAUCUGCAAAUACGGGUAAAUUAUUUUGUCCCACGAUUGAGAUAUUUGAAAAUGUCAUAUUUAUGAAAUACUAUAAUUCAAAUUUAGUGAUAAUGACAGCUUCGGGUUUGAUAUAUGGGUGGAGAUUUACGAAUAACUGCUUGAAAGUAUACAUGAAUAAAAUCUCAAUUGCUACAGUUUUAAACUUGAUUGAGAUCGAUCGGAAUGUCACAAAAUUAGUAACUCCUAAUGUGAAAUCAAUUGAAUUAGCUGAUGAUGGGACUCCUUUUGUUUUGACUGACGUUAGUAAUGAUAUUUACAAAUAUUCAAUAGAAUUAAGUUGUUGGGUGAAAGUAGUUGAUUCUUGGUAUUAUAAUGUCAAUACAGAUAUUACAAACUCGGAAAAUUUUAAAAGAAUCUUUCUUAAGUCAAAAUCAAGUUUUGAAAAAGAAAAAUUACUCAAUAAAAUCAACACAUAUAGCUUUGAAAAUCCAAAUAAUAUAUUAAAAAAAGUAAUGAUUGAAAGAAAUCAAGAAAUGAUUGAAAUGAUAUAG